UUAAAGUUGUCAUAAGACAAAGGCAGAUAAAGAAAAGAACCAAGGCACCUUACCAAAAGCCUUAAAAGGGUUGUUCUUCUUUCCUUCUUUUUAAAUUUUGAAUCUAAGAUGAACCGAAGAACGUCCUCGUUAUACGUGCAAGUGUAGUAACACUACUUCGAAUUAAUAUAAAGCAUAGUUUCAAUUUCAUAUGCUAAAUUUACAUUAUUCUUCCAACGGUCGAAAAAGGUAAAGCAAUUUGACCAAUUUAUUUAUUUAAAGAAAAAAAACAUUACAAAACCAAGAAUAAAACUAUAUUUUGUCCUCUCAUCUCUUCUUCUUGAUCUAAUCAGUCAUCACAAUCACUCACUCUCUCUAGAAUUUUGAAGCUUUCUGUCUCAUCAUCAAUGGUGGCUGGUAAGGUCCGUGUAACCAUGGGUUUUCACAAAUCUCCUUCAAGCAAACCAAAAGACAUGACUUCUCCUCCUCCACUUCCUCUUCCCCCUCAGCCUCCUCCGCUGCUUAAACCGACUUCCGGUUCUGCUGGUAAACCGUCAAAUCCCCCUUCUAAUCAGAAAACCGGUUUCACCCGCUCCUUCGGCGUUUACUUCCCACGCGCUUCAGCUCAAGUGCACAAUUCUUCUUCUCGUUCCGACCAAACCAGCGUCAUUUCCGACCUUCGUCGUCAAGUGGAGGAGCUUCGCGAGAGAGAAGCUCGGUUAAAGACGGAGGUUCUCGAGCUCAAGCUACUCAAGGAAUCCGUCUCCGUUAUCCCGCUGCUCGAGGCCCAGAUCGUGGAGAAGAGCGGCGAAGUCGAGGAGUCGAGGAAAGAGACGGCGAGAUUAGCGGAGGAGAACGAGAGAUUACGGCGAGAAGUCGAAAGGAGCGAGGAGCUGAGGAGAGAGAGCGAGAGGAGGGAGAAGGAGAUGGAGGCGGAGACGGCGGAGCUGAGGAAACUUGUCUCGUCGCUGAGGGAGAGUGACGACCACGCGCUCUCGGUCUCUCAGAGGUUUCAGGGUUUAGUGGAUGUGUCGGCCAAAUCGAGUCUGAUCAGGAGUUUGAAACGGGUCGGGUCGAUGAGAAACGUACCCGACCCACCCGACCCGGUUCCGAACCAAGAGGACAUCAAGACCGUUACGUCCGGCGACAUUUACCGAAAAGACGAGAUCGAGGAGCUCCACGUGUCAUCACUCUCCACCGUUAGAUCUAGGGUUCCCAGAGUCCCUAAACCACCGCCUCGACGGUCAUUUUCAUCCGGCGAUUCCACGGCGAACAGAGCUGAUCCUCCGCCGCGGAGAUCGAAUCCACCUCCUCCUCCUCCACCGCCUCCACCGCAACAUCCUCCGUCCGUUUCCAAAGCCCCUCCUCCGCCUCCACCACCGCCUCCACCACCGCCACCGCAACAUCCUCCGUCCGUUUCCAAAGCUCCGCCUCCACCACCGCCGCCGCCGAAGAGUUUAAACAUUGCCUCAGCGAAAGUAAGAAGAGUACCGGAAGUUGUGGAGUUUUACCACUCGUUGAUGAGAAGAGACUUCACAAACUCGAGAAGAGAUUCCACCGGCGGUGGAAACGCCGCCGCAGAGGCGGUACUCGCUAGCUCAAACGCUAGAGAUAUGAUCGGAGAAAUCGAAAACCGAUCGGUUUAUCUACUCGCGAUUAAAACCGACGUAGAAACGCAAGGAGACUUCAUAAAGUUCUUGAUCAAAGAAGUCGAAAACGCAGCGUUUUCAGACAUAGAAGACGUGGUGCCUUUCGUGAAAUGGCUCGACGACGAGCUCUCGUACCUGGUCGACGAGAGAGCAGUGUUGAAACACUUCGAAUGGCCGGAGCAAAAGGCCGACGCUUUACGUGAAGCAGCGUUUUGUUACUUCGAUCUGAAGAAACUCGUAUCGGAAGCUUCUCGUUUCCGGGAAGAUCCACGUCAGCCUUCUUGCUCUGCUCUCAAGAAAAUGCAAGCUCUGUUCGAAAAGUUAGAGCAUGGUGUGUAUAGUCUGUCGAGGAUGAAGGAAUCAUCGGCGACAAAGUUCAAGACUUUCCAGAUUCCGGUUGAUUGGAUGCUCGAAACCGGCAUUACUAGUCAGAUUAAGCUGGCGUCUGUGAAACUAGCGAUGAAGUAUAUGAAGAGAGUAUCUGCAGAGCUUGAAGCCAUUGGAGGCGGUGGACCGGAAGAGGAAGAGCUUAUAGUUCAAGGCGUCAAAUUCGCAUUCCGUGUUCACCAGUUCGCAGGAGGAUUUGAUGCAGAGACAAUGAGGGCAUUUCAAGAGCUAAGAGAUAAAGCGAGAUCAUGUCAUAUUCAAUGUCAAAGCCAAACACAUCAACAUAAGCUCAUGUUGAAGCAAUCUUAGCUUCAUAUAUAUAUAUAUAUGCCACAUCAUUGUUAUUUUCGUCAUUUUCUCUAUUAAAUUUGUUUUUUUUUGUUCUCUUUAAAGACAGAUAAAUCAUGUGAA